UAAAUUAAUUACGAAUGCUUGUCAGUGGUGGAUUAAUGGCCAAUAGCAGCCGCUAGGUAUGAGUUGCAGCCCAGGGGCUGAUGAUAACUGUGUUCCAGGAGUGGGGACACAUCAAGACUACAAGGGGAGGUAAUUGCUGAGUACAAGGGGCGCAGCUGGGCAAGCAUUGCAAAGUAUAAAUAGUCUGACUUCAAUAGCACAUCAGUACUAGAUCUACAUCUCCGAGCAACCGAAUUCUGGAAGAUCAGGUUUGCAUUUCAACUCCAAGACGACGUACCACAGAUAAACAUUGCACGGUUGAUGUAUUGGAGAGAAUAAGAACAGACAGGGACAUAUUCCUCCGAACAGCCAUGGAAGAACUUACAGCUUUUGUUUCGAAGUCUUUUGAUCAAAAGGUGAAAGAAAAGAAGGAUGGGAUCACGUAUCGAGAAGUUCUGGAGAGCGGACCUGUGCGGGCUCGGGAGCCGAGUCUGAGUGAAGGCAGCCGGGAUGAAAUGAUCAGCGCGCAGCGUGGGGCGUCUCGAUCCCCGAGCAGUGAGCCAGAGAUCGGGCCAGAAAGACCGCGGGACAGCGGCACACCGAAACUGACCGAUCCGGGAUUAAAACGUUACCACGUGGCGAUGGAGAAAGCUACACAUAAUUCAACGACAAGUGCACUGGAAAAGACAGAAGGAAGCGGUGACAUUAAAGAUAGAAAAGAAGACCCCAAACCAGUAGAAGAAGAAGCGCAGACAAAAAUUAAGCAACGGCGAAGUCGGACUAACUUCACACUGGAGCAGCUAAACGAGCUGGAAAGAUUGUUCGAUGAAACCCAUUAUCCGGAUGCAUUUAUGAGAGAAGAGCUGAGUCAGAGACUGGGGCUGUCAGAAGCCCGAGUGCAAGUAUGGUUUCAGAACAGAAGAGCAAAAUGUCGAAAACAAGAGAAUCAACUUCAUAAAGGUGUACUCAUUGGUACCACCAGUCAGUUCGAAGCUUGUCGAGUGGCACCAUACGUUAACGUGGGAGCCUUGAGAAUGCCAUUUCAACAGGAGAAUCACUGCAACAUGACUCCCUUGUCCUUUCAGGUCCAGGCGCAGCUGCAGUUGGACAGCGUGGCGCAUGCGCACCAUCACCUCCACCCACACCUGGCUGCACAUGCGCCCUAUAUGAUGUUCCCUCCACCGCCCUUUGGUUUGCCCCUGGCCACCUUGGCAGAAUCCGCCACGGUGGUGGCAGCGGCAGCAGCAGCCAAAACCACCAGUAAAAACUCCAGCAUUGCGGACUUGAGACUUAAAGCGAAAAAACACGCUGCAGCACUAGGGCUGUGAUCCGAACAGUGAUUCCAAAUCCACAGAUCUUUCAAAACAAAACCCUCCGAAGGAGGAAGGACUCGCAGCUGGGAAAAGUUCAGAAGUGAACUUUCUGCAAAUCCAUUUUAGCACAACUUUACUUGAUACACCUGGGGGCUGGUCUCCUGUAGCAUAAUGGAAAUUCCUUACGUAUGCUUUUGCUUCCCAUACACCAUUGGAAUAAUUAUUCAGAAAUGGAAAAUAGAUCGCAAAUCAGUCACGAACUGUUUAUGAGAGUCAAGAGUGAACAAUCAAAUGAAAUACGAAGAAUUACUCUUGCAUGUAUAUUUAUACUAUUUUCAAUGAUGCUUAUGUCCUUUGAGUCAGAAUUGCACUUGGUUUAUGUUAGAUGGAACAAACCAUUGCUUUUGCAAGUGUGGAGAAGCAAAAUAGUUUCAACGGUUCUCAUUUUAGAAUUUUCAUGUGUACUAUUUUCUUCUUCCAAUAACAUAAGUAAUGGAUAAUUAUAACUAUUCUACCUAGAUGUCCAUUUGUUUUAGAUCAAAAAGAUAUAAAUUAUGUAUUCUACAUUCUUACCGUUCUUACCUCUUGUAGCUUAAACUACAAGAGAAGGUACGGCCCUCUGUAAAAAAAUGUUGAUACACGAACAAAAUUUAUUUUGGUUAAAAUUGUGUAUGGCUGAUAGACUGUCAGUAUUUAAUUUUUAUUUCAUAGAAGUGUGUUUAUUCAUAAAUAUUUCUCUUGUGCUGUUGUGGGAAUUUAUUUCACAUAGAUGUUUAUGGGAUGUAUUUCUAUAAGGUGUUGGUUUCAUUGAAACCUUGAUUCAAUCAAUGAAGAUCAGAAUUUGAAGAGCUAAUUGUAAAGGAAUAUUGCUCAGAGUAAUACUGCCUUUCCCCAACGUCAUGGUAAACCUUGAAAGCAAAGAUGUUUUGCAGUUCGUAGAUGCUGCGCCAUUCUAGGAUUAUUUAUAAUAAAAUGAACAGACUAUUUGUACAAGUGUUCAACGAUGACUCUAAAAUGGAACAAAACCUUCGCUGUUGUACAGUUCUAUGGUUUAAUGUCAAUGCAAUUAAUUUGAAUGAAAUUGAUUAACGAAAAUCAACUGAUAUUGAUCUGAUGUUGCAUUUAUUGCAACAAGUGCCAAGAAAGAGUGAAAUGGUUUUAUAUAUUUAAUUAAAAUAUGUUGAAUUCAUCAUCGUUUUUCUUUUAUACCUCCCUGGACACGACUUUCAAAUUUGAAGUUGCAUUGUUAAAUUUUGUGCAUGGCAUUUUUGUGUUCAAGAAUAUGAAGAUAUUUUUGAAUUCACUAUCGCAGCCUAAAUAAGAAGGGGUAUCCUUUUCACUGAUGCUGUUCUUUACACUUUUGUUAUGGCAUUUUCGUUUAAUUGCUAUUUUUAGUACAAAAGGCAAGGAAACGUCACACGCUCCAACUUUC